GAAAAGCGCGCCAAUAUUGUACUAUUUGAAGGGACUCUGUGAUGGUUCAGUUUAAUUAGUAUUGAAAAUCUCGCUAAAUACAUCAGAACAUGUUAAAAGGAUAUCUCAAAAGUGUUGUAGACCUAGUGAACAAUCUAACUGAACCAGCUGAUUCUGCCGAGAAUCUAAAUUCUGUUGAUGAUGCGGAAGUUCUUGGGGAAGGACGUAAAGAUCAGAAUAACGUUAAUUCCGAUGGACCAGGAACAGUGGAUUCUGUGGCCAUUUCGCAGAGCGUUGAGAAUUCAGAAUCAAGUAGUGUACUCAGUUGGAUUCCAAAUCUACUAGCAGCUAAUGGUGAGAACUCCAUAUUGUUCUACAUGAACUCACUUGCGUCUAUGGGGAUAAAUCCAAGUGAUGAACAUGAGAAACAAGUCGAUCAGGAAUCUGAAAAGUCACUAGUUAUAACCGAAGAUAUUUCGAAAAUUGAAGUAUCUGAAGUAUGUAAAUCACAAGAAGAUAGCAGAUUGAUGACACAUAAUAUAAAUUGUGAUUGGACGGAUAGAUUUUCAGUCAAAACUUCACAUGUUUGGGAACAGAUUAAAAAGGAUUUUAAUGAAGUUGUUCAUUCUGUCUCUGAACCAAAAGAUGUUGUAUAUCGUACUGCUUCUUCAGUUCGUGAUCGUAUCACAGCUGCUGCAAAUACAGUAAGGAAUCUAAAUCCUAAUGAAUUUCUGUUGCCGGAUAAUGAGUCGCAAACUAAUCAACAGUUUACAAAGACGGGAAAUAUCGUUAAUGAUGACUUAACAGCUUUACCACCAGCAUUGCCUAGUUUAUCGAAUAUUAAACAAGAUGUAUCCCAGUUGGUUGAUUCUUUCUAUAAUGGUUUAAUGUCGACUGGCACGUAUUUUGGCUUAAUAACUGGAGAAAAUCAAUGUAAAGAUAAAAGUAAACACCAAACUCGUCUUGAUUUACUUAGGGCAGAUCCUGCAACAUAUGAAUUGGAACCACCAACGCCUCCAGCAUCGUCUGGUAUACAUUCAUAUCAUGAUUGGAGAUCAGCAUAUUUUGAUGAGGAUAAUUGUCAACCAAUGAAUGGUGUCCUGUUAGCAAAUGCUAAAAGUCCUGAAUAUAGUAAUGUUCCGAUUGAAGAGCUUACGCAAGCACCACAUCCUAGUCCUGAAGAAUUAUUAGAUUCAUAUCCUUUUAUGCGAACAUAUUUAACUCAACUUGUUCAUCCAGAUGGUAAAGUUAAUGAUAAAUCUAUGAGUGAUGCCGAUUUCUGGUCAAGGUAUUACUAUCGUGUUUGGUUAUUAGAUUCAACUGAAUUUCAUAGAAAAAAACUUAAGGAACGAGUUGAAUCUGUCUCAACUGUCAAGCAAACAAUACCGAAUCAACCUACUUGGGAUGCUAACGAUACUGAUGAAACCCAUAAAAAUUUAAAUGUUACUCAAGAUGAUGAAUGGCCAGAUAGUGAUGAUCAUACAACCGUCGAGAAGGAAUCAGAAAUUUCAAAUGACGAAUCCAUCUCAAAACUCUGUAACAACGAUACUACUAUUACUAGUACCAGAAGUGAUUCGCAAUCCAGUAGUAGAUCUUUCAAUCAAAACAAUAUCAUUGAGAAAAAAAUCCGUCGUGAUAGUGAUAGUAAUAGUAGUAGUAAUAGUGGUAAUGAAGAAUCAAAUCACGGAAACAAGUCUAAAAGAAAACAUAGUUACAGAAAAUCAGUGAAUAAAAGCAAACACUUGGGGAAGUUAAGUUGUAGCAACAAAGAAAACUUGUCGGAUAAUCUUAAACCGGACAAUAUAAAAGUCGAAACUUUAUCUACUCUACCGACAGAAGAUCAAAAUUCAACAAAUGUCUUUUCAGAUUUUGAAGAAAUGACAUCUGGUUUAUCAUCAGUUGUGAUACUUGCAGAUGAAGUGGAAAAUGAUGAAAUGUCAGCCGCGAAAGCAGUUACGACAGAUAAAUCAAUCUUUCAUUCUUCUGAAAAUCCUACUAUUGAAUAUAAGGCAUCAAUUUCUGGUAAUGUAUCCUAUUUUUGAAAAUUGUGUUAUUUUUAUUCAUAGUUACGUCUUAACGGGUUAUUUUGUUCGUCCCAUUUUUCUCAAUUCUUCGACGUUUAGACUAAAUUAACGAAGUUUAAGAACGACAGGUUAUUUAUUGCUCGAUGGAUGAUGUUGGUUGGUGUAGCAGUUGGUCAGAAGAUAUCAAGGAGUGGCUGAGUAAUUAAGGUGUUUGAAAUUCAACCAAUACGUAAAUGCACUUGAUGAUGUUUGCUUUCAUCUUCCCAUUGUUGUUUAGGACCGCAAUUGAUCAGUCUUUUGUUAGCAUAUGUGCAUUCUGUGCGGAUUGCCUCCAUAAUGCCUUAAGUCACAAGCCUUUUAAGCAAAGAUGGUUUGGGCCUUGCUCUAGUCACUUUGGUUUAAGCAGUCGAGGUUAUCAUCAGUAUCCCUCAUAACUAGAAUGUAACCCAAACUACAAUAACUUAUACACUUGGUAAAUGAGUCUUGGAAAAAUUUUCCUGUAUAUUUUGUCUGUAAUAUUUGUAAUUUCAGAUGAUGAAGCUUGGAGUGAUUCCGAAAAUGAACGUAAAAAUUACUCGAUGGAUAAAACCAAUAAGAAGUCCACCGAAAGUAAUAAUAACAAUGAAGCCGUCAAAAUUAAAAAUUCUGAGCCACAAUUAACUGAUGAGAUUGACGAUUGGGAGAAUUGGUCAUAAAAAAAAUUAAUUAAUCCCAUAAUAUUACAUUGCCUAUUAAUCGCAGCAAUUCCUGGAAUCUUCUCAUUGUUCACACUUAAUUACUAUUAUUAACUUAUUUUGUUGUUUCUUUUUAUUGUAAACUGACAUUAAUCAGUGUGAUAGAUAAAAAUAAUGACUAUAAUAAUUAAUUUUUAAAAAAACCAAUAAAAUAAUGUGAAAAUUCCGUUCUUUCUCAGAAGAAAACUAACAACAACAACAACAAAAAGCCUAAAACGAUCCAUUAUUUUUAUGAAGCGUGGGUACAACUCUGCAAAGAUGAUGACGAUAAUAAUGUGUACGCUUAUUAUAUUCUAGAAAUUUUGUUUAUUUUUUUCAAUUGUACUUUUCUGUAUCUAACCAUAUGAAUAACGACUUUUUUUAUUUCUCAAAUUUUGUCGUCUGUCAAAAGUUAUUGAUUUUGAAAUUAUUUUACUAUUAGUGGUUGUCAAUUUAUCGAGCUAUUAUUACAUCGUCAUCAUCAUAUUACUUUGAUGUGAUUUUAUCCUUUGAGAAAUCUAUUUCAUCGAUCAAUUCUUUUUUUUCCAAAAAUUAUUACAAAGAACAAUUACUUGUU